UGUGCGCAGAGCGGAGAAGAGAAGACCAGCUCUUGCAGAACCUCGAGACCACUAUGAGUUUUUCGUUUGAUGAUUUCCUUUCAGCUGGGCAGAUUUUGCUCUUAUGUUGUGUAGUCUGCGUUUUCCUGACAGGAAAAGCAAUAUGGCAAAAUUCUUUUUCCAAGUUGCCCCCAGGUCCUUGGGGCAUGCCAGUUAUAGGUGCUUGUUUCCGUUUGGGAAAAAAUCCCCAUAUUGAGUUCACCAAGAUGGCGCAGCAAUACGGGGACGUGUUCAGUCUGAUGCUUGGGAAUCGCCUGGUGGUGGUGCUAAAUGGACUCGAUACAAUUCAAGAGGCCCUUGUAAAGCAUUCCACAGCCUUUGCUGGGAGACCACAGCUCCACACUUUUAAACUUGGCAAUCGUGAGGGCACCAGUCUCACCCUGAGUGAUUACACUCCACAGUGGCGUCUAACCCGUAAAAUCAGCGUCUCUGUGAUCCAGAAUUUUGCAAAGAAUACAGAAAACUUACAAGAAAACCUGCUACAGGAAUGUCAACGCUUGAUUUACUUCCUUAAACAACAGAAAGAUAAACCCGUUGACGCCCUCAUAGCUUUGAAGUUCGCAACAGGCAAUAUCAUUCUUAAUGCACUCUUCGGAGUUAAGUUUUCAUACGACAAUGAAGCCCUUCGAAAAAUACUUAGCAUCUCUGACCGCUACGGAAAAGCUAUAUCUGGCAGCGCCAUCGUUGAUUUCUUUCCAUUCUUGAAGUACUUCCCGAACAAGGCACUCUCCGAUCUCGUAUCCUUAAUGACGGAAACCUUGGAUCUCCUUGGUAAGAUGUUUAUGAAGAACAAAGAGACCUACACCGAUGGGCACGUUCGCAACAUCGCCGACAGUUUCAUCGAUACGGUCGAGAAAGAAACAAUGAAAGACAAAGAGAACAGUUCGAGUAGUCAGAACACACUUAACAUGGCUCCCCUACUCAGUGAUGAGCAGAUUGUCCAGGGCAUGGCAGAUCUCUUCGGCGGCGGGUUCGAAACGUCGUCAACAACUCUUAACUGGGCCCUAGCGUACCUGAUCAAGUAUCCCGACAUCCAGCGCCGACUCCAAGACGAACUAGACCGAGUGGUUGGAAGAGAACGCCUUCCUGUUCUUGAAGACUUGGCCUCACUUCCCCUCCUCCAAGCUACAAUCUACGAACUUAUGAGGAUAACAUGCCUUGCUCCUCUUUCAGUGCCCCGUUCAACGACCACUGAGACGAAAUUUCGCGACUUCGUCAUCCCAAAAGACACGAUGGUCUUUGUUAACUUGUGGUCCGUGCACCGUGAUUCAGAAAUCUGGAAAGAUCCGCAUGUUUUUAAUCCAUGGCGCUUCCUGAACGGUGCUGGAGAGCUGAUCGAUCCAAAGUCCUUUGGAGGCUUCCUACCAUUCUCUGCUGGUCGUCGAAAAUGUCCUGGUGAGCCUCUAGCCACGAAAACAAUCCCCGUUUUCCUUGCAACGCUAAUUCAUCACUUCCGAUUUUCACAGGAAGGUUUGCCGGAAGAGUGUCAAGGCAUUAAUCUUGAGGGCAAUUGUGCUCUCACCCUAUCGCCAGAAAAGUUUUACGUACGUAUCGAGGAGCGAAUGUAAAUAAACUCUAUAAUCGAAGGAACUACGAUUUAACUGAUCUCAGCAACAUUAUUCAAAAAUCAUAAAAUUUAUAAAAACUAGAAAGGGACAUGCAACCACUGGAAAAGCUAAUUAGCAUCAGAGUUUAUUAAACGCGACAGAUCUUUAUAGCUGAUAUAAACUUGUGUUAUACACUUUGAGAUGACUUCAUAGGUUGAAAUCGUCAUUAGAAAUAAGUGUAAUUCGUACUUCACUAUUUUUUAUAUAAAACGCAUAAUAAUCAUAUUAUUUGUAUAAUCUAUUGAUUCGAUAUUGAUACACUAAUCGCCAUUUCGCUUGAGCAUGUUUAGUUGAGAUUGAGUCGUACAUUGCGACAGGUUUUCACGUGUCUUAUCCAGAGAGAUAAGUCAUGCGCAUGUACGAAACCACUAGAUCGAACUUGAGACACAACUAUGUACAUAUUGAUUAAACUUAAGCUUUUUCAUCAAA